AUGAAGUCUUCUUUGUGCAUCCUUCUUGCAUGUUUAGUCUUUGCUUCUGCAACAAAUAUUCCUGAAGGAGGACUUUCUUCACAGUUCAGCAUUAAUUGUUUUCAUACUUUGGAUUACACCUUUUUUAAUCUGGAACCUUUGAGAAAGCAAGGAGAUGGAGAAUUCCAUACUAUGAUCAGAACAGUUGGAGGUGUAGAUGAGUAUGAAGUCAACUUCGACUUCUGUGAAGCCUUACCUGAAGUAAGAUCUUGCAAAGACGUCAGCCCUUUGGCAGUUGAAUCAAACCGUGAAGAACAAUUUGCUGAUUCUUGUCGCCAGCUUACCAAACAUCAUGGUCAGGAUCAAGACGUUUCUCUCCAAAAAACUGACUCAGAGAAUUCUGAGAGAUUUAUCCAGAUUAGUCAUACUACUAAUCUCCAAUGUGAGGGAGAAACCAAUUUUGGAGUUACUUUUGAGAUUUUCUGUGAUAAAGAUCAGCAGGAUCUUCCUGUUUUCACCGAAAAUGUUGCUAAGUCUACUGACUGCAGGCCAGUCUUCAGAACCCAUCACAAUGGUGGCUGCCAGGUCGGAGACCUUGGAGCUCUUUGGAGAUUUGUUGAAGCAAACAGUAUCAUCUUUGGUAUCGCUUCCAUGGUUAUUGGAUUUUAUAACUUGAUUCUUGGUAGAAAAUUCAUUAAGCCAACAAUUGGCUUGAUCUUUUUGGUCACAGUAGUUGCUGUCAUCAUGUUUUUCUUCUACGUAUUUUUCCUUCCAAGAACCACUGCUAAAUGGGUUGGAUGGCUGAUCCUUUCGAUUUCGGUGGUCCUUGGAGGAAUUGUAGGAUUUUUUGCAUCGAAGUUAGUGCGUAUUGGAGUUAUUGUCUUAGGAUUCUGGGCAGGUGUCGGUAUUGGUCUGCUUCUCAACAAUCUUGUGUUCUACCACAUCAACCAUGUCUCAGUAGUAUGGAUCUUAAUGGGAGUAUUUGGACUCACUCUCUCUGUGCUUUCUUUCUUCUGGUAUAACUACAUUGUAAUUAUUUGCACCUCGAUUCUUGGCUCUUACUUCUUUGUCAGAGGAAUUGCUCUGAUGGCUGGAGGUUAUCCAAAUGAGUUUACCAUUUAUUCAAGCAUUCGCAAUAAUUCUUUCCAGGGCAUGCCAGGUACCUUCUGGGCUUAUGUUGCUGGAAUGGUUGUUGCCUGUGCUCUCGGUAUCAUUAUCCAAUUAUUCAUCAAGAAGAGAGAAGGAAAGAAAGAAACUGAUGAUGUUUACAAGAGAGUGUAGGAAGACUGAAGCUAAAACCUAAUAUUGUCUGAGAAAUUCAAUAAC